GGGCGGGGCGGGGGGCUCCGUUCCCGGGGCCCGGCCCCCUGCGCGCCCCCAAAGUUUCCCCUGCGGCGAGAAGUCUACGGGGGUCAGGGCUGUCCUGAGCGGUACCUGCUCGGGGCGGGCUGCGUGUCCGCCGCUGGUGCUGUGGCCCCGAGCCCCCGGCCUGUGGUGUCACUCCCACUUAGCCUCCUCGCGGCUUGGUGACACCUUCCAAAGCUCCUGCCUUCGCCGGGUUGCAGACGGUGUCCUGCCCCUGGCAGUGCAAGCACCCCUGAUUCUAAGCAGUGCCAGCUUCUCCGAGCAGGGCUGUCCCCUCCCCCAGCAUUGACGCCCCCGCUGUUUGGGGACUGCCCCCAGCGUGUCCCUUUGCUGCUGCUGCUGCUACAUCUGAGUCUUCUGUCCCCCGUUCACAUAAGUCCUUCCAGAAGGCUGGGGUCCCGCCCCCCUUGGUGCUUGUGUUGGGUCCCCUGGCCGCGAGUGUGUGAACUUGAUGGGAUCCGGGGCUCGCCCUCCCCGCUCCCACACUCGGGGGAAUAGCUUCCUAGAUGUGAGGUUCCCGUGCUGUGACACGUGGGCUGUGCUGGCUGGGGUUGUGUUCUGUCCUCCGGGGGCUCCAGGGGCAGGAAACUCUCAGCGCUGCCCCCGCCCACCCCCCAGGGUCAAGGUUCCUGCCUCUCAGGUGUUGGUGCACUUGUCGUGGGGUCUGGCUGUGGGGGACCAAGGUUUCUGUUCUCGGCUGAGACGUGAUUCCGUGUGGUGGGGGAGAGACCCCGCUGUGGGCAGCUUUCCACAGUGGGGUUCCCAGGCCCCCCCAUCCUUGGUGUUGGGCCUCCCAGUGGGCAGAUAAGUACCUCCACCCCAGGGCCUAACACGUCCUUCCUCCACAGUGUCAGGUGCUCGGUGAGGAUGGCCCUCCAGCAUCACCUCCCAGUGGCCGAGCUCCUGGCUCACUGGGAAGCCUCUGCUUGGGGGCACAUGACAGCCCCCAGGGUUAGGGAUCCCCCCCCCCCCCCACAUCCCCCGGUGUCAGCUCCCAGGACUAGGCCUUCCACCCCUCCUGUGUGGUCCCUGCCAGGCCUGUGUGUGACUGCAUCCUCUUCCCUGAGGUCAGAUCUCGGAGGCUCUCCUUCAUCAGUUGUGUCCCUCAUUUACAUGGCUGCUGGCCCCCCUGGGCGUCUGGCACACUGCUCCUCGAGGGGAUCUGCUCUCAUGGACAGAGACUGGUUCCCAGGUUCCCCCGUCUUGUUGGAGACCCCUCGCCAUGAGCAUGCAGGCUCUUCGGUGCCUGAGCUGCCCCCUGUCUCGGCCACCUUUUGCUGCGGGGUCUUGCUGGGUCCCCCCAAGAGCAGUGGGGCUCCCAGCCCUUUAAGAAUGGAACUUCUCCAUGGUGGCACCUCCGCUUCAGGGCCCAGGCUUUCUUUCUCUCUGGUCCUUUGCUGGGGGAUCGAAGGUGUCUUGAAGUGGGGUCUCUCUUUAGAGGGAGGGGCUCCUGCCCCCGUUGUAUCCGCCCUGUCUAGGGGGUGCAGGUACCCUGGGCCCGUGGCGCCUCCCCCAGACCUGGUGUUGUCUUCUCUGGACCUCAGCUGUUCCCCGCUUGAGGAUCUGAGACCUCACCUCCCCAGGCUGGGGCUCUUGUCCCCCUGGCACCUUGCUUCUGACUCCUGCAGGACUUCUUGCUGCCAGUCUGUUCCCCUUUUAGGGGUAUCACCUACCCAUUGAGCCAGGUGUCCCAGCCCCUCAGUGUGGAGUGCCUCGUGUAGGGAUAGAAGCAGCGUCCGACUCCAGGAGAGUAUGAAGAGAGUGCGUCUGUAGGGCAGGGAAGAUGGCGGACAAGCGCAAACUCCAAGGUGAGAUUGAUCGCUGCCUCAAGAAGGUGUCCGAGGGCGUGGAGCAGUUCGAAGACAUUUGGCAGAAGCUCCACAAUGCAGCCAACGCGAACCAGAAAGAGAAGUAUGAGGCUGACCUAAAGAAGGAGAUUAAGAAGCUUCAACGGCUGAGGGACCAGAUCAAGACAUGGGUAGCGUCCAACGAGAUCAAGGACAAGAGGCAGCUCAUAGACAACCGCAAGCUCAUCGAGACGCAAAUGGAACGGUUCAAAGUUGUGGAGCGAGAGACCAAGACCAAAGCCUACAGCAAGGAGGGCCUGGGCCUGGCACAGAAGGUGGACCCCGCCCAGAAGGAGAAAGAGGAGGUUGGCCAGUGGCUCACGAAUACCAUCGACACCCUAAACAUGCAGGUGGACCAGUUUGAGAGUGAAGUGGAGUCCCUGUCGGUGCAGACCCGCAAAAAGAAGGGUGACAAGGAUCAGAAGCAGGACCGGAUCGAGGGCCUGAAGCGGCACAUCGAGAAACAUCGCUACCACGUGCGCAUGCUGGAGACCAUCCUGCGCAUGCUGGACAAUGACUCCAUCCUCGUGGAUGCCAUCCGCAAGAUCAAGGACGACGUCGAGUACUAUGUUGACUCGUCCCAGGACCCCGACUUCGAGGAGAACGAGUUUCUCUAUGACGACCUGGACCUCGAGGACAUUCCACAGGCGCUGGUCGCCACCUCCCCCCCCAGCCACAGUCACAUGGAGGAUGAGAUCUUCAACCAGUCCAGCAGCACACCCACCUCCACCACCUCCAGCUCUCCCAUCCCACCCAGCCCGGCCAACUGCACCACAGAAAACUCUGAGGAUGACAAGAAGAGGGGGCGCUCCACGGACAGUGAAGUCAGCCAGUCUCCCGCCAAAAAUGGCUCCAAGCCCGUCCACAGCAGCCAGCACCCUCAAUCCCCGGCUGUGCCGCCCAGCUACCCGUCUGGCCCCCCGCCCGCCGCCUCCGCCCUGAGCACCGCCCCUGGCAACAACGGGGCCUCCACGCCAGCAGCGCCCUCAAGUGCCCUGGGUCCCAAGGCCAGCCCAGCUCCCAGCCACAAUUCAGGCACCCCCGCCCCCUAUGCCCAGGCUGUGGCCCCACCGGCCCCCAGUGGGUCCAGCACCACUCAGCCCCGGCCCCCCAGCGUCCAGCCCGGUGGGGGAGGGGGCGGCGGAGGCAGCAGCAACAGCAGCGGAGGGGCAGGCACCGGCAAGCAGAACGGUGCCACCAGUUACAGCUCGGUGGUGGCAGACAGCCCGGCCGAGGUGGCUCUCGGCAGCAGUGGGGGCAACAAUGCCAGCAGCCAGGCCCUGGGCCCCCCGUCUGGCCCCCACAACCCCCCUCCCAGUACCACGAAGGAACCCAGUGCGGCAGCCCCAACAGGGGCUGGGGGUGUGGCCCCAGGCUCAGGGAACAACACAGGGGGUCCCAGCCUCCUGGUGCCGCUUCCUGUGAACCCCCCCAGUUCUCCGACACCCAGCUUCAGCGAGGCCAAGGCAGCUGGCGCCCUGCUCAACGGACCCCCACAGUUCAGCACCGCCCCGGAGAUCAAGGCUCCUGAGCCUCUGAGCUCUCUCAAGUCCAUGGCAGAGCGGGCAGCCAUCAGCUCCGGCAUCGAGGACCCUGUGCCAACACUGCACCUAACCGAGCGAGACAUCAUCUUGAGCAGCACGUCCGCGCCUCCAGCCUCAGCCCAACCACCCCUCCAGCUGUCGGAAGUGAACAUCCCACUGUCACUGGGGGUGUGUCCACUGGGGCCCGUACCCCUCACCAAGGAGCAGCUGUACCAGCAGGCCAUGGAGGAGGCCGCCUGGCAUCACAUGCCCCACCCCUCAGACUCCGAGCGUAUCCGGCAGUACCUCCCUCGGAACCCCUGCCCGACGCCCCCCUACCACCACCAGAUGCCACCCCCACAUUCGGACACCGUGGAGUUCUACCAGCGCCUGUCCACCGAGACCCUCUUCUUCAUCUUCUACUAUCUGGAGGGCACGAAGGCACAGUACCUGGCAGCCAAGGCCCUGAAGAAGCAGUCCUGGCGAUUCCACACCAAGUACAUGAUGUGGUUCCAGAGGCACGAGGAGCCCAAGACCAUCACUGAUGAGUUUGAGCAGGGCACCUACAUCUACUUUGACUACGAGAAGUGGGGCCAGCGGAAGAAGGAAGGCUUCACCUUUGAGUACCGCUACCUGGAGGACCGGGACCUCCAGUGACACCGGCCCCCCCCUCCACCCUCCCCUCCCCCCCGCAUGCUGAUCCCCCUGCCCAGGUGAGGGCCUUGCCCUGGGAGACUGGGGGAGGCCCCAGGCCACGGGGCAGCUCUCAUCCCCAGGAAGCAGCCCCACCCUGGGGGCCCGGGGGCGAGGGCUGCCCCCUCCUCCCCUCCCCAGUGAGGGACAUUUUUUGGUAAACCUAUUUUCAUUUUGGAAAAUAUUUAUGAAUAAAUAGUUUUAUAUGA